UAGCAUAGAUAAGUCGAAACAAUUAAAGGAAUCCCUUGCACCUGCGACACGAAAAACAAGGCACCAAUAACAAAAGCGACCAUAAAUACAUAGUAUGAAUGUCGCCUAAAUAUCAUAAUUUUGAGAUUGCACUGGUCUACUUUCUGCUGCUGAUACCAUGGCCACCCACGAAUGUGAUCAGAAUUCUUUGCUCGCGAGAUAACAGCCGACUGGUGCGCAAGAUAGUGCGCUCCAAAUGGACUCCUAUAUUGGACAAGCAUCAGGUGAAGCUACCUUUGGAGUGCCCGCUGCAUCCGUUUCGAGAUGUUUUCGCUCCCCGACAGGAUGCCAAGCAAAGGGACCGACCCACCCAGUGGACGUGUAGGAAAUGUGGCAAGAGCUUCUACCAGGAGAAGCACUUGGAUCUGCACUUCGAAACCCGCCACAAGAGCAUUAUUAACGAGGCGGAGGACGCUGUAUGCUUGGCCGACUUCUGCGACAUCAUGCGGUGCGAAGUUUUCGAAACGGAGGAUGCGUCCAGCCUGAAAUUCGGGGACCAGCACAUCGUCACGGACAUCGAGGUGUGGGGCGACUCCCUGGGUCAGAAUUCCGCGUUGGCCAAAGCGAAUGCUGCCUACUUGAGCUUAAUACCAAGAACUUCCACAUUGGGUGCCUCGCGUGCCGCCAAAGUACAAAACCGUCAAUUACUCCAAGACAAGCCAAUCCAGGCCAGCAAGCAGGAUCAGACGCCGGCAGGUGAGCGAAAACAUCCCCACUCCCACCACCAUCACAUCCAUCCCCGAGAGCGUGCAUCCACCACAGCCAAUCCCCUUCGCCUAGAUCCAUCCCCGGAGGACGGAUCGGCGGCUAGGCCGAGAUCGGCUGGCGAAAAGCUGCUCCACAAGCUCAAGGAGCUGGGCAAGGCGCACCUGAAGACAUCAGCGGAUCCGGACAGCAGCAGGCAGAACGAAACAGAUGAGGAGGAGGACGAGGAGGGCAGUGGACAAUCCGAGGGCAGUGGCCAGGCCACCCAUGAGACCAAAGCCGAGGAGGGAUCAGGAGCAGAAGGAAACGGCAAUAAGGCUAGGGCCAACUGCAAGCCGGAGGAGCUGAGUAAACUGAAGAACCGCUGCGAGUUGCUGCUGAGGAGUUGCAUUGGAGGAUUACUCCUGUCCAUGUCGGACCAAGCCUUCAAGGAGAUGGAAGAUGAGAUGAACAAGGCAGUGUGCUGGUACUUAACCUGCGAUCGUUACUGGGAGGAUGGCCCUUUGGAGCCCAGAGCCUUCCCCUGGGGAUUGAUAGUGAUCCUGAUCUUCGUGUUGUCCACAGGGAUCUGCUUCUGCUAUUACAUAAUAUGGAUUUUGUUCGACUCCGAAGAGACGACAAUCAACGCGAACCACUAUUACGGCCAGGGAGCUAUCGGCGGCGGAGGGAGCAUCUACAUGCCCGGAGCAGCAGCGGGUCAUCACUACCAUGUAGACUAUGCCACUCGGCACGACCUCGACCUGGACGCCGGAGGGAUAGCUGGGCAGCAGCAGCAGCAGUUGCUCCAGGAGCAGCAGUUUUACUACCAGCAGCAGCAGCAGCAGCAGGCUGCCACCGUCCGGGACUUAUAUCCGGAUCAGGUUCAGUACCAUCGGCACAGUCCGCGACACUACAUCGCCGAUCAGCGUCCGGUGGGGCCACCAGUGGGCACACCCACCCAAGGGGCCGUGCGCAGCAGCUCCUCCAACGCCAACACGCCGUUGCACCAUCGAGUGCAGCAUCCGGGACAGCAUCCCCACCUGCAACAUCGUCAUUCGACGAGCCUGGCUUACCCACAGGACAUUUUAGACCGACGCGACUAUACAAGUAGUUCCCCGCGACCCAUAGCCACCAAUUUAUUGGCUGGAUCAGGAUCAGGACAAGGAGCUACAGCACCUGGGGAUACCCAGCGGCACUACAAUACGCAUCCGCGGCCGCUGGAGACGAGGCGCCAUGUGGGUUCCUCGCAGCAAUCCCUUCGUGCCUCCGCCUCCACGCACGAGAUUGUGCAGCAGGAAGCGGGUCUUGGUCAGAAUGAGCACUACAUCUACGUGACCUAUCCUCCGGACCUGAAGAAGCGCUACUUCGAGUGAUGGAUAGAGUUGGAUGUAGCUGCGGCCGGAGACUGUCGGUCGACCCUUUGUCAGAUGGGUCGGGAUCGAAAGAUGGAGAGACCAAAGAGACCUCGCAAGAAGAGGCAGGAAACUAUACCAAAGCCAUAUAUCAACUAUAGUUGAUAUUAUUAUGAUAUAUAUGACGAAGGAGGUGAGGACUGGUCGCCAAUCUAAGCCGGAAAGUUGGUUUUUUACUUUUAGCCUGCAAAUUCUAGAUUUGUGAACUGUGCUGUUCUUUUUUAUUCUACAAAAUAAAUUGCAAUAUUUCUGUACAAUAGAAACCACUCCUCAAUUUACUUACCUUUAGAAGUGAAAACAGAUCCAAUUUCAAUUUAAUAAAACGAAAACUCAGUAAAUAA